UUUUAUUACUUCCUCCCUCCUCCUCUCCCUUGUGUUUGUUUGUAUGUAUCAAGAAAAAACAAGCUCUCUCUCUCAUUUGCCUUUUCUUUUAGGGUUAAUUUUCUUCUUUGAAAUCUUUCACCCAUUGGGAUUCUGUUGACGUUCUUGAAAACCCAUUCUAUACUUGACUUUGUCGAAACUUUUCCAUUGGGAUUCUGAUGACAUUCUCAAAAACCCAUUAUAUACUUGACUUAAGUCGAAACUUUCUUUUUCUUUCUUGCGUUUUGCAGAGCAAGAGGAUUGAUCUCACCACCAAACUAAACGAAAACAGAAACCGACUGUCUAAAUUUAGCUAUCUCGAAAUUUUUGUAGUGUGGAGAAUUCAAGUCCAGAAGUUCAAAUUGGAAAACAUGGAAAGGUUCCUGCUGGGAUUUCCAACCAGGAAUCAGAUUGGAGGAGGAGAAUCUUUAGUUGACACUAUAAAGAUUGCAGUUUUACCCAUCGCAAAGGUUUUUACAAUUUGCUUCUUGGGAUUUCUUCUUGCAUAUUUCAAGAUCUUACCUGCCAAUGGAAGGAAGCUUUUAAACGGGUUGGUUUUUUCACUUUUACUACCAUGCCUGAUAUUCUCUCAGCUUGGGCAAGCCAUCACUCUUGAGAAAAUGAUUGAGUGGUGGUUCAUUCCUUUUAAUGUUCUUCUGGCUACCAUAUCAGGGUCACUGAUAGGAUUAGCUGUUGCGUCCAUCGUACGUCCACCAUACCCGUUCUUCAAGUUUACUAUUGUCCACAUUGGAAUUGGAAAUAUUGGGAAUGUGCCACUUGUCCUGAUUUCAGCUUUAUGUCGAGAAAAGUCAAAUCCUUUCGGUGACUCCGAGAAAUGUACUCAAGAUGGGAAUGCCUAUAUCUCAUUCGGACAAUGGGUUGGUGCCAUCGUCCUAUACACCUACGUUUUCUAUAUGCUCGCGCCUCCAUCCGAAGGUACCUUUGAUAUUGAGGACAGGGAUCUUCCACUCAAGAAUUCUCCAAAGGAUAGCACUCAGGAGCAAGUUCCCUUACUUACGCAGGAGGCUAUGCCAACAAAUUCAGAUGCUCCAAAGAUAAGAAAGAUCAAAGAUCUAUUAGCUUUUGUGUUUGAGAAGUUGAAGGUCAAGCAAAUCCUUCACCCCCCUAUCAUUGCUUCUAUUUUAGCAAUGGUAAUUGGAUGUGUACCAUUUCUGAAGCGAUUAGUCUUUACAAAUGAUGCUCCUCUUUAUUUCUUCACUGACAGCUGCACGAUUCUUGGGGAUGCGAUGAUUCCAUCCAUUUUGUUGGCAUUAGGUGGCAACCUUAUAGAUGGGCCGGGGAGUUCAAAGCUUGGUAUUCGGACAACUGCUGCAAUUGUUUUUGGGCGGUUGGUUUUGGUUCCUCCAGCUGGACUUGGCAUUGUCAUGUUGGCUGACAAGCUCGGUUUCCUUCCUCCUGAUGAUAAGAUGUUCAGAUUCGUCCUUCUCCUCCAGCAUUCAAUGCCCACAUCUGUGCUUUCUGGUGCUGUAGCCAAUUUGAGAGGAUGUGGGAGAGAGGGAGCAGCUGUGCUGUUCUGGGUUCAUAUAUUUGCAAUUCUUUCUAUGUCUGGGUGGAUAGUUCUCUAUCUCCACAUUCUCUUCUAAAUUGCACGUGGUGCUCUUUUUACAUUAUGAAUUCCACCACGAUGCUGUUGGGCUGAAAUGAGGGGAAGGGAGCAGCUGUUACUCGUCUGAGUAUCAUCUUAUGGCAAAACCAUUCGCUAUCUGUGGCUGGUUGUCACAAUGGCAUUACCCCCUUCCACUGUUUUUCUUCAGAAGUCCGUGUUAAUAGUAAAUCGAAAAGGAUAACCAUGAGAAAUGUGUGAAAAAGAGCUGCCAGAAGGCGCUUCAUGAUUUUGCUCUGCCGCUAUUAUAUGUGUUUUAGCCUCUCUUUUUUCUACGAUCCAACAAACUUGUUUUAGGUAGCCAGCUAAUUUAAUAUUCAUGUUCACUUUCAUCUUUGGUUAA